CAGUCUCGCUGUUUUGCGGAUCGCGUAGUUUUCCCCGGAGCAUCCGCUAGGAUCUUCGCUGGGCAUUUUGAUCCCUGCCGUCCUCACCAUAAUAAAUCUCCAAAAGAGCUCGUUGUUUGACACAAUCUGCCUUUGGACGAGAAUUUGAAAAGAGUGUACUAGCUAGAGCGACACACUGGUACCUUCGUACCAGUUCCAGCACUUCCGCAAUGGAAGGCAUACAAAAUACCGGCAGCGAUAGCAGCAAGGCGAAUGUGACAGUCGUCACGGAGCUUACUUCGAGCAUUCCGGCAAUCAUCGAAAAGGAAGAAUUUCCGGAUCGUGUUAGUGUCUUGCGCUUUGACGAAUCCGUCCUGGCGCCUGCAUUCCGAGGUGACGACGCAGUUUUCAAGGACUCUCAAGUUUCUCGGAUUGUGGAUCCAGCCGAGCACAUAGAAUCGGAACGAUCUGCUGGAACGCAAAGCAAGGGAACUACUUCUCGACCCACUUUCCAAGAUUGGGCCAAGAUUGUCCGGGUUUCUUCCCGAUUUUCCGAGGUUAAUCUCGAGCAGCUCGAACGUGUUCGUAUGAUGCAUGAUCGUAUUUCAGAGGGAUCAGAAUUUACUUUCAACUACAACACUUUGUUGCUGGUGGCGUCCAUCUUGGCUGCAAUAGGUUUGGCAGCCAACAGCUCGGCUACCAUUAUUGCUUCCAUGCUUGUGUCUCCAAUCAUGGGCCCCGUCGUAGGGAUGGCCUACGGUACUCUAAUUAUGGACUGGAAGCUGGUCAAAAAAUCCGCCUGGACCGAACUCGUGAGUCUCUUCGUCUGCGUCAUCAUGGGUGCCAUUGUGGCGGCUUGCAUCGGUCCCACUGAUUUGGCCGAGAACUGGCCGACGGCGGAAAUGGACAUACGCGGACGCAAACAGAAUUUUUUCGUUGGUAUCCCCAUUGCCUUUUUCUCCGGACUGGGCGUGGCCGUGUCUUUGUUGGACGAUCAGACCAGCUCCUUGGUCGGGGUGGCUAUUUCGGCAUCGCUGUUGCCCCCCGCCGUUAACGCGGGCAUGAUGUGGGUGGCGUACGGCUUUACUGAAGUCGACGUGUUGGCUGGAGGCGGAGCCACGGUGACGGACUUCGUCGCGGGCUUGCUCAAUAUUACCGUUGACGAAAGCAGCGAUAUCCUAGCGGACUUUCGUGGCGACAGUGGACAGAAGGCUCCGGAUACCAAGCGCGACUUUAACGCCAUGGGAGGAGUCAGUAUCGGUCUCACGUUGAUCAAUAUUCUUUUGAUUUGGUUCUCGAGUAUGCUCAUGUUCCGCAUGAAAGAGGUUCUUCCAAUCAAAAAGAAUAUCUUCUGGAGCGAUCUUGGCAUUGCACGCAAAGUUUACCAGCGCAAAGCCAUCAUUACCGAGUCUACUGAUACUACAGUUCCGCAACCAGCGGUCGUUACCGACGUUUAAAUUGUAAGCAUCGCUUACGUCAACGGGCUAAAGAAGUGCAGAUUGAGCCUUUC